UUUCCGCAGCGUGUUGGUCCGACCCCAAGGGCUAGCGCAGAGACGGCGCAGCGAAAAACUUUCAGCCAUGGAUAUUUCAAUGCACCUCAUUUUCUUUUGAUUCCGUUCUCUUUGCUGUGGACCGUAUCACUUUGUCGCAGUUCAUAUAAGUGAUUUAUAGGCUUGCCCCGAGAAAAUAUCACAUUUGCAGAUUCCAUUACUCAACAGCAUCUAUUUUUCCUAAACUUCAGUCCGGCUACAGAAGAGUAGGGGAACUUCUGUUGUUUUUUUCGUCACCUAGCCUACAACACGAAGGUCCUUCCUGGUUUGCGCUGUGUUCUUCCUCCUCAGUGAGUUGGUGGCCAGAGGUGCUGCAGCUGGAGCCACCCUGCACUGCUGGAGCUUCCAGGAAUGACGGGGCCAACCCAUCGCAGCCGGCCCCCUCGCAGCACCUGACCUGAGUCACCUGACCCAUCAUGGAGCUCAAGGUCUGGGUCGACGGGGUCCAGAGAGUUGUUUGUGGGGUCACAGAGGCAACCACCUGCCAGGAAGUGGUCAUCGCUCUUGCUCAAGCCAUAGGCCGAACUGGGCGCUAUACCCUGGUGGAGAAAUGGCGGGACACAGAGCGCCACCUGGCCCCCCACGAGAGCCCGGUGGCCUCCCUCAACACCUGGGGCCAGUAUGCCGGUGACGUCCAGCUGAUCCUGCACCGCACGGGCCCCUCCCUGACCGAACGCCCCCCCUCCGAGGGUCCCCUGCUCCGGGGUCCGGAACGCGGCCCACACCGGCAGAGCCUCCCGCCACUCGCCAAGCUCCGCCAUCCCAGCGAGCACGCCCUCCAUCGCCGCGAGCCGCGCCGCAAGUCCCUCACCUUCACCGGCGGGCCCCGGGGCCUCCGGGACAUCCUGAGUGGAGGCCGGGUGGGGGAGGGGAGGGAGUUCGAGGCCAAACGACGUCUCCUACUCCAGGGGAAUGGUGGGAACCAUAACCACCACCACCAUGCAGCAGCGGCAGCCACAGGAGUGGCAGUGUCCCCCGGCAUGUGGGCCUGCCGCAUGGAGGACCUGGUCAGACUGGUGGGGCUCCAGAGAGAGACUCUGGGCGUGCUGGAGAAGAGACUGGAGGCCUACGAGGCUGAACUGCAGACCUGGGGGGGGCGAGGGGGAGAGGAGGCCAGAGGAACAGGGGGGCUGAUGGAGGAGAUAGUGAGGCUGGAGAGACGGCUGAGGAAGAACGAGGUGGAGAUGGAGGAGGAGGAGUUCUGGGCCAGCGAGCUGCAGAUUGAGCUGGAGAGUGAGAGGCAGCUGGAGGACAGGCUUGAGGAGCUGAGAGGGCGUCUUCAGUGCGCUGAGGUCGAGCUGGGGGACAGGAUGGCUCUGGUACAGGGUGUAGAGGCAGGUCUGGAGGAGGAGCGUCUGCAGAGGGAGAGACAGGAGACUCAAAGGGUGAGCGAGGUGGAGGCCAAGGCGCAGGUACUCAGAGGCCGCACCGAGCUCAAGGCCCAGGACAGACAGUCUGUCCAGCUGGAGAGCAGCUGCAGAGCCGUGGACAGGUCCCUCGGCCUGAGUGGCAAGAGACUGCAGGACAUGCAUCAUGAGCUGGAGCAGCUGACCAAGGAGCUGAGACAGGUCAACCUGCAGCAGUUUAUCCAGCAGACUGGCACCAAGGUUACCGUGCUGCCAGCCGAGCCCAGUGAGGAAGAGGAGGGGACUACCCACACCGGACAGGGCACAGACUUGGUUCCUAUGUCUGGUUCCCUGAAGCGUCCCGUCUCCUUUCACCCGAUGCCUGGUCACCUUCGGGUCCUGCACAGUCCACUGACAUCUGGCCUAAACCCAGAAGGGAUCUACGUGUAAGAGAAAAGAGGGCACACUUGGGGUGACUUUGUUCCCGUGCUAGCUGGACACCUGAAUACCAUCCUAAAGGUAGCCUGGUUCCACUAAGACCUGAUCCCAGAUCUGUGUGCUUUAGCCAACUCCUCAACACCCAGUCACUCCUAGUCAAAUAAGUUGGCUAAAUACAGAUCUAGGACCAGUGCUAAAGGAUCCCUGUGAUGGGACAUCCAAGUACAGGUUACCUCAGUAGCACUCUCCGGUCCAUGCUCUGUUCUGUUACCUACAUAUCAUGGAGAACAGGAACACUUAUAGAGAUCAUAUUGUUAUAGGCCAUUGUGUACAAGCACUCCAAGUCUCCGACAUGGGCCAACAUGUGACGAUGAUAGCUCCAAUGAUGAAGGAAAAACUAUUGGUAACAUAUUUGACUGCAGGGCGCUUGAAUGGACAGACAGAGAUAGUUGAAAUAGACAAUAUAGCAACAGACAUGAGCACCGUGUGUCAUAACCCAAAUGGUUUUCUAUCUAUUUAAACCUUGGAACUAAAAGUGAUGCGUCAUUAUCAUCAUCAGCAUCAUCGUAGUUUUCAUCCCUUGAAAGUGUAUGCAAUUACUUUCUUUUCAUUUUAAUAAAUCAAGAAGUUUUGAAACGUUAAUAUUUUAUCCAUUAUAACAACAUACAGUAAAGAGGUUCGAUACUAUUUUUUAUGAAUGUUUGCAUUUUGGAAAAUAUCGCUCCAAACUGAAAAACUUGCUGUUGAAAUCUGUGAACUAAACCAUACCAGUCCAAAGUUUGGACACACCUACUCAUUCAAGGGUUUUUCUUUAU